AUGCGUAGUUGGAGGGAAUGGCGGUGUAGACAUGGUGGUGUGGUUACGGAACUGGCCAUAGCGCUGGCCACAGCCAUCAGACAGAGACUUUGCAGCAUGAGAGAGACCAUUGCGGGCGGAACAAUGCGUCCACGAAUGUUGUCGAAACGGUCUGGUACGAGGUCCCAGUAG